CUCAUUCAAUAAAUCAUUUGACUACCUUAUUACUAUAAAAUAAAUAGACGUGUUCACCAUGUCUAAGGUCAUCCUCAUUUUGGGAGGAGCGGGUGCUCAGAAUGCCGCCGUGGCCCGAGAACUGGCUAAAAACGAAUCAUUUACGGUCAGACUUCUGUCGCGAAAUAUCAAGUCAGAAGAAUGUGUGUCUCUCUCUACUGUCCCUCGUAUUUCGCUGGUUCAGGGUGACUGCUAUGACGAAGACACUCUUCUCUCCGCCUUCGAAGGCGUUUAUGCUGUUUUCGUAAACACCAAUGGCUUCGCAGUUGGUGAGAAGGCUGAGCUGUUUUGGGGCAUUCGAAUGUACGAGAUUGCAUACUGGGCCGGCGUCACGCAUUUUGUCUACAGUUCUCUACCCUAUGUGUCUAAGAAGUCUGGAUUCAACCCAAAGUAUCGUGUUCCCUUUGUUGAUGGCAAGGCUAAAGUUGUCGAAUAUUUAAGAGCACAGCCUGUAGAUAAGAUGAACUGGAGUGCUAUUGAGAGCGGCCCCUAUCCCGAGUCUCAUCUUGCUACCUGGUUUCCUACGCGAGGUGAAGAUGGUGUAUACGUCUUCCGCAUGCCGAUUGAGGCCGAUGGUGCUAUGGCCAUGGUCGGAUUAGCUGAUUUUGCUUGGUUCACCCGCUACAUAUUUGAGAAUCCGAAGGAAUUUGAGGCCGACUUGCUUAGCGUCGGCAUCGACCAUGUGAACGGCAACACUAUUGCGACUGCCUUUACUGCCGUAACUGGACAGCCUGCUCGAUUUGAGCCACUGCCACUCUCAGCCGUAGCCAAUACAUGGCCGGAUACUAAAGUUGGUCUUGCUGGAUCUCCAGGUUAUGACGAUCCAACAUUGAAAACAAUGGCUGGUCACUUUAUUCCAUGGUUUACAAUCUGGCAGGAGAGCGGUGGUAAUAAAGGUCUAUGGACAAAGGACUACGAGCGACUAGACAAGAUUCACCCGGGCCGUAUUAAGACUAUUGAGGAGUGGAUGCGGUCGGUAGGCUACUCGACUGAAGAGUAUGCCAGCGCUCUUAAGACUGGCAUUUUCGGCUGAGUGAUAGCGUGUAAGGCGGUUACUGGGAAAGAGUUAAUCUCAAAAUAAGUUUAUAUCUGAAAAUAAGUAUUCCAAUAGUGCUACACAUAUUUGGAACCAAACGAGCGUAC